AUGCCUGCGCUGGAGACGUCAGAAGACAGGGGCUCCAUGGGUAAGAUCAUCGGCUGCGGCACACGCACAGUGUCCAAGGGGUUUCACUACAUCCAGUCGCCGAACUUCCCCAGACCCUACCGCAACAACUUCAUCUGCUCCUACCGUCUGUUGGCGGAGAACCGCGGGGUCCUUAGCAUGUCAUGCGGCAACUUCACCCUGGAGGACUCUCCGAGGUGUCGAUACGACUACAUGCUGGUUGGCGGGCGUCGCUAUUGCGGCACUCAGAAACCGCAGCCUGUGCUCAACACCAACCGAAUCACCGCCACCUUCUGCUCCGACUGCAAGGGCACAUACAGCGGCUACCGCUGCCUGAUCGAGUCCAGAGCCCCUGGCUCGGGCCCCGACAGUCUGCGAUGUGGCAGUCACCGGCUGAACCCCGGCACCUACACCAUCACCUCCUUAAACCACCCGGCCAGCUAUGAGAACUACCUCCACUGCCGCUGGACCCUGCGAGCCGCGUUCCGCAACGACCGCAUCUCCGUCCGCUGCAGCAGGUUCGAUCUGGAGAGCGUCGGAGGGUGCCGCUACGACUGGCUCAGCGUCAACGACCGCAGGUACUGCGGCAGGCGGGGACCGCGCGUCACCAGCACCAACCAGAUGACGCUGGAGUUCAGCACCGACUUCUCGGUGGUGCGACCCGGCUUCCGGUGUACGGUGCGUGUCACCGCCUCCACGUGCCGGUGUGGCGUGCGCAACAGCCGGUCGCGCAUCGCCGGCGGCAACGUUGCGCAGCCCAGCGAGCACCCGUGGCAGGUAGCUCUGACGCACGGCCGCACCUUCAUCGGCGGAGGCACCAUCAUCAACAAUCGGUACGUGUUGACGGCGGCGCACUGCGUGGCCGGCCUGAACGCUUACCACCUGAAGGUGUUCGCCCGGGAGCACAAUCGCACGACGUCGGACGGGGAGUUAGGAUUGCCGGUAUCGAGCGUCAUCGUGCACCCCAGCUUCUCCAACGAGUCGCUCGCCUACGACGUCGCGCUGCUGCGGCUAUCCCGCCCGCUCAAUUUCGUCGCGUACAGCAACCAGGUGGCGCCUGCGUGCCUGCCGGCCCGCCUGACCGAGCAGUAUGUCAACCGCCUUGCCAGCGUCACCGGCUGGGGCGGCGCGGCCGCCAACAGCACCCCGUCGGAUGUGCUCCGCGAGCUCAACGUCCGCAUCAUCUCCAACAGCGCCUGCCAGGCGGCGCGCGGCACCGCGGCGUCGAGCGUGCUGUGCGCGCUGAGCACCCGACGAGGGCACGGCCUGUGCACGGGAGACGCCGGCGGUGGGCUCACCUACUAUAACCGUCGCAGGCGCUGGGAGGUGGUGGGAGUGGUCUCGGCCGGGGAGUUGUGCGGCGCCACCACCGCGCCCGGCAUUUACACCCGGGUCACCUCCGUGCUGUCUUGGAUCAGGGAGUGUACGGUGGGCGCCACCACCUGCCCGUAA